AUCAGGAUAACCUUAUGUUAUAUCCGACAGGUAUAUUUAUGGUGUCAAGUUCACUCUCAUUUCUUCUUUACUACCUGAGGCCAUCUCCUGUUAUUUACGACAUGAGGUGUAUUUUGAGUGUUUGCUCUCAUUUCUGUUUGACUGCUUAUUUUAUGCAUUGAUUAUUGUUGUCUUUGGUGCUGAUGUGAUUUGUGGAUAUGGGAUUCUCUUGCCCUGAACCUGCUGCGCUGGAUCCCCCCUGAAGCACAGAGAAGAGUCUGUCUGUCUUCUGUAUGUACCCUGUAGAUCCGAAUUUGUGUGAAGACAAUCAUUUCACAAAUUCGUGUCUGGGGGGAUAUGCAGUUGACAUAAACGCUACAGGCGCAAAGAAGGCGCAAUCUAAUGACAGUUGCGUUGUUUAUGAAGCGUUUUCUCCACUAUGUGAUCUGUUAACUUGUUUUCCAUACUGAGAUCCCUCAAAAACCUUACUCAUGAUUCAGUAAUACAAUCAUUCAGGACAAUCAUGCUAGGGCAUUCGUUUUCCUGUGCUACAAAUUCGGUAUUUUUCCUCCAACUGUGCUCCAGUGACUUGCAAUAGGCAAUUUAAUAAUGUGCCUAAAUGGAAUUUAGUAAAGCAAGUAUCCUGAAUUAGUUGAUGAAUUUUCUAUCGAUCCAGAGCAGGACAUAUUUGUCUCUGCCAGUCUCUCUGCAGACGCCAGCCAGACCAGUCCGCGAUCUGGAGCCAUAGCCUGGGCUAUUUUUUUUUUUCUCUCCACUUUUAAGGACCUCUCAGCGUCAGACACCUUAGUUUUGGGUGGUGCACUACUAGUCCACACUUCACCUGGUACACUGCUGCUCCAGAAGCUUGCCCCCCAUCCAGGGGGGUGGGCAUUUUGGGGAGAGUGACUGGCGCUGCUUGCGCUAUGGAGCACGUUUCCUCAUCCGGGGAUGGUGGGAACAAUUCCAUUGGCUCUUGGUGUCACAUGCAAACUCAACUUUGUUCACUUGACAGUAAGUAGGAGGGUUUUACGAAUCAGGAAAACGAGCAGGACUACAGGAACAAUUGUAUAUGGGUUUGGGUUAAAUUCAAACAAAUAAAUGACCAUGAGUUCGUUUUUGAUCAGCACCAACUACGUGGAUCCCAAAUUUCCACCGUGCGAGGAAUAUUCCCACACUGAUUACCUCCCCAGCCCUUCUCCAGAGUUCUACUGCAGCCAGAAGAGGGAAACCAGCUUCCAGCAUGGGGCGACCUACCCCCGACCAGCCUGCACCAGCCAGCACUACUCCUCCUGCUCUGGACGGCAAGCUUCUUCCAUAUUAUCUUCCCGGACUCACCCCCAAGUUGGACUGCUUCCUGAAGACAAGCAUCAGAGCCAGACCACCAUCACUAUGUCCCCUCCGUCCUGCAGCCAAUCGUCCUCAGAACAGAAGCUCUCAGAGUCCUCCUGCCAGAGCCCAGUGGUGUACCCCUGGAUGAAGAAGGCGCACCUCUCCACCGUCAGUGCCUCUUAUUCUGGGGGAGAACCCAAGCGCUCCCGCACAGCCUACACCAGGCAGCAAGUACUGGAGCUGGAGAAGGAGUUUCACUACAACCGCUAUCUGACCCGCAGGCGCAGAGUGGAAAUUGCGCACACUUUGCGCCUUUCUGAGCGUCAGAUCAAGAUCUGGUUCCAAAACAGAAGGAUGAAAUGGAAAAAAGAUCACAAGCUUCCAAAUACUAAAAUCAGAUCAAACCCCUCCUCAGUUCUCCAAGUGACAGGGGGGGAGCAGAGCCAAAACAAAGCUUCACCGACCUGUCCCUAAAAAUCUCCAGCUCAGAUCUAUUCUGGUUUAUUUAUAUGGAGGGAGAAGACUUGGCUGGGACUUGGCUUUGUUCCUCUGCUCGUUCAUGAGAAGCCUGUAGAUAGAUUUCAGAUUUGGAGAAGAUAGAUCUAUGUUUCAUCUUUAAUCACGCCAAACUCUGGCCCAUUUGUCAUGUUUACAUUGCGGUACAAAGGAUGACAGAACCGACGCUCCCUUUAAUAAAUGAGGCUCCUUGUUCUGGGGGAAGUGUAUCUUCUCUGGUGUGACGUCCACAUACAAUACACUCUAUACUUCUACAUUACCAGGGCUGGAUUUCGUCUUACCACUGCUGUUUAAUAGCUAAAGCAUCUUCCACUCUCAUCAGUAGCUCCUGGUAGGGAUCUGUACACACCUAGCACCAUGUACUAGUAGUCAAGGCCUGAGAGUGAGUCCUCCAGCUCCAUAUGGAUCUACUGCAGAGAGCAGCCAUACCUCCUCAUUGACUUUGCUGUGAAUUCUCCCUUGUUCAUUGUAUAUAGCCUACAAAUAAAUAU